AGGUUGUAGUCUGCCAUUAAACCUCAAAAAAGAAGAAGAAGAAUCCACACCCACUAACAAGCCAACGCAGCCGGUUCGAACACUCCUAGCAGCAGAAGUGCACAUUUUCCAUAUCGAUUUCAAGGAAGUUUCCACAACGUCUCACAUAAUGAGAGGCGAGAGGGGUCGAGGCCGUGGUGGCCGUUUUGGGGUUCGGGGGGGAGGACCUGUGCCAGGAUUUCGCCCAUUUGUCCCUCACAUCCCCUUUGACCUCUACGUGUGUGAAAUAGCCUUCCCUCGUCUGAAGCCUGCCCCCGAUGAGACAGCCUUCAGUGAGGCCCUACUGAAGAGGAACCAGGACCUUGGCCCCACCUCAGUUGAACAGUCAUCCAUCUUGUCACUGGUCACCAAAAUUACCAACGUCAUUGACAACUUCAUCGUUUCAGCUGGGGCUGAUGAAGUGGAAAUUGAGGAAAUGAGACAGGUAGGCUCCUACAAGAAAGGCACUAUGACAACAGGACACAAUGUUGCAGACCUUGCUGUUAUUCUGAAGAUAUUGCCUUCUGUGGAGACAGUGACCGCUCUGGGAACCAAGGUGGUGGAGACCCUACGCACACAGGACCCUUCGGAAGUACUCUCCAUGCUGCCCAACGAGACGGGCUUUGAGAUCAGUUCGGCUGACGCCACUGUGAAGAUCCUCAUUGCCACCGUGCCCCACAACAUGCGAAAGCUGGAGCCUGAUGUGCACAUCGAUAUGAAGCUCCUGCAGAACUCCCUGGCUGCUGUUCGCCACGCUCGCUGGUUUGAAGAAAAUGCCUCCCACUCCACGGUGAAGGUCCUGGUCCGUUUGCUGAAGGACCUGAGGAUCCGCUUCCCAGGGUUUGAACCCCUUACCCCCUGGAUGUUGGACUUACUGGGUCACUCUGCAGUCAUGAACAACCCCAGCAGACAGCCGCUAGCCCUCAAUGUGGCCUUCAGGCGAAGCUUGCAGAUGCUGUCAUCGGGGCUUUUCUUGCCUGGUUCAGCUGGAAUUGCAGACCCCUGUGAGAAUGGACACUACCGUGUAUUCACUGUCAUGAACCUGGAGCAACAGGACAUGGUGUGCCUCACUGCUCAGACCCUGGUGAGGUUGCUGUCUCAUGGCGGCUACAUGAAGAUUCUGGGUCUGGAUGGAGACGCUAGCCAUCUAGUGGUGGAGACAUCCACGUGGGAUGGAGUGACAGUGAAGCCUUCUGAGAAGGCGUAUGAGAAGAUGCCGGAGGUGGAAUUGGAGGUGGAUGAUGAUGAUGAUGAUGAUGCAGAAAUGGAGAGCAUGGAUGCUAAAGAGGUCAUGGACACUAAAGAGUGAUUGUGGUGACAGACUUUUUCAGUUUGUCAUUCAACUGUUUUGAAUGGUUCCAUUCUGAGGGAUGGGGAUUUCUUUUUUCUUUUUGUACUGUCUCCUACACGCGCCUAGUUUAAGGGCUUGUUUUGUUUUCAGACAACCCUGAUACUAGGGACACAAGGUGUGGCUUCUAAUGUUUUUUAUGUUUUGGUUUAUAUCGAGUCUAAACAGAAAUUGAACUAUUUUCUCUUGGCUUAUUGUAUGGCAAAGAUUUUGAUUAAAAAAAACUUUUAUUGAAAAUUCUGAUUUCUAUGGUCCACUCCCAAUUGAUGUCGCUCCAGUGUACAGUUUCUCACUGUCAGAAAUGGAUAGAUCAUGUCAGUUUGGUGUCUGAAGUUACUGAGCAGCCAGUGGAGACGUGUCUGUUUAUAAUGUAAUCUGGACUAUUACAUAAAGCGGUGGUGUUGUCAGUAAUAACUGGGCUUUAAUCAAUGAACCCAAUUACGGAGUCUUUUGACGGCAGACCUGGAAACAGUCAUAAUCGUUAGAGGAGCUGUGAAGGGAGGGGGUAGGCUGCUAGCGCUCGGCAAUUAAAACCCACGGCUGGCUUAUUGAGGUUUUCUCUGGCUAGACGGAGCUCUUGAUCGAGCCAUGGCUGAUAGAAUAUCAUAUAUUUUGUUUGAUAUAAGUGCACAAAAUACUAUGCUAUUGGCCCUUAAACUCAAGGAUUUAUUCUGCCCCGCACAGUGAACAGAGCUUUUUCAAUGUGUUAACCUUUUCUUGAAUAAUAAAGCUGAAUAAACAUGC